CGAGACGUUCUUCGAGACGUUCUUCGACGAAGCGCGUUCGAUGUAGAAGAGAGAUAUACCCGAACCAAUCAAUGAUGGAACCAAAUGGGAAUUAUCAUCGAGAAUCCUUAUUGUCGGCGAGGAAUCAAAGAUUUCUCGAAUUAUCUGGGAGCAACGAUCUUGGCAAUUGGACCAGAGAGAUGUUACCAACCAUCUGUACUUUGCCGACCGAAUAUUAUAACAUCACUGGAGUCCCAGAAAUGUUCAGAUUGGAGACUAAUCGAACGUCGACCACCACGAGUAUGAACAGCCCUCGUUAUCAUCAUCUCUCCUGCUGGACCUUACCUCUGAUCGGUUACAAAGUAAACCACUCGCCUCGUUACGAGAAACCACCUUAUUCUUACAUAGCCCUGAUAGCCAUGGCCAUAAAUUCGUCGCCGAAACAAAGACUCACUCUGUCCGGUAUCUACAAGUUCAUCAUGGAGAGGUUCCCUUAUUAUAGAGAAAAUCGGCAGGGCUGGCAGAACAGUAUUAGACAUAAUCUAAGCUUGAACGAUUGCUUCGUCAAAAUACCACGUGACAAGAGUAAUCCCGACGAGGACGAGGAACAUGGUGCGGCUGGCAAAGGCAGUUAUUGGUGUCUCGAUCCAUCCGCCAACGAAAUGUUCGAGCAUGGUAAUUACAGGCGUAGGAGAACUCGCAAGCAGCGUGCCUUUUCGCAGAACAAAGAUGAGUCGCGAAGAUCUUUGUUGCGACUCAUAGAGGACGAUCAAGGAAAGAUCGAGAGAUGGUGCGACAGCGUUGAAAUUAGAACCAGAGAUAACGAUGCGGAGAAGGAGAAGGAAGUGGAUUACGCGAGUGGUUCGGAACGUUGCGUUAAAUCGACCAUGUUCACGAUCGAUAACAUCUUACGAAAGGCUGCGCCCGAGGCUAAAAGUUAA